CCACGACAAGAAAAUUCAAAAGGAACUCCCAUUUCUGACGCCCGCGAACUACAGUCGCCCCAAUCCCAAUCCCGCUCUCGCCAUCUCUCGUCUCGUGUCGUCGACUACUAAUCUAGAUCUCUUCUCCUUCAUCGCCGGAAGCAUGAAGAGGGCCAACCGCCGAACAAGGCGCCCUGGCGUCACCGGCUCUCAACCGCUGAACAAGGCGUACUGGCGCACCGGCUCUCAGUCGAGUGAGAUCAGAGAGGCCGGCUUAAGGGUGAGUUUGUUCGUUACUCGUGCUAACUUCCAAGGAUUAACCCUUUUUCCUUUGCGCAACGCUUCCAUUCGACUGCUAAUCGCGAUUCGUAAUUGCGAAUUCCAAAUUUUUGAGCGGUUUGUAGCAGUAGAGUUUAGGGCGUCUGUUUAGAGCUCAGGUUCAGUGAAGAACUAGGGGGAAUCGGAAGGCAAUAGGUUUCCUCAAGAUCUCAAUGAUGCUUAUGUGGUAACUGGUAUUUGCUCGUUGAAUCUGGGUGCUGAUUCAGUUCAAGCAAUGGAAAAGGAAUCAGAAAAGAUGAGGAAGAUUUGCAGUCAAUAUGAACAUGAUAAGAUAUGGGUUGCAGCCAUUGAUGAAUUAGAAAGGGAAAUGAAGGCCAUAAGGUCAGAACAUUCUCAGCUGUCGUUUGAAGUUCGUCAAUGCACCACUUCAAUUCCAGUAGCUUGAUACGGUGAUCUCAAGAUGAAGAUCGACGAAGAGCAGGAAAGGAGGAAGAAGUUGUACAACCCAACUGUUGGAAGCAAAAGGUGCCGUCCUUUGAACAUGGAGGAAGCCUCAUCUAGGCCUCAAACUUUAGUAAGAAUCUACUGUUGCCUAAGGUGGAGACCUUGGUUUGAUAAUGAAUGGUUCCAACAAGAGAAUCUACACAUUUCAUCGAGCCUACUGCCUACAACCAUCAGGAUGAUCAACGUUUGUGCAUGGCUAUGACACUAAGAAAGAAAUCAAGUAACAUUAUGAAGGGAAACACAAGGGUUACAAGUUUCCAUGUCAAACCUGCUACCAAUCCUUCAAAACUGAGGACUUGCUCAAAAUCCAUGGUGUCAAGAAGCAUAAUAAAUGAUGCAGGCUCCCUUUCUUCUUUCAGCAAGCAAAGCAAAAUCCAAGAACACAGAGAGGUUUGGAAAUCGAAUCAUCAGAGGCCUCCGAAAUCUUCCUCAUCGUACACCGUCAACUCCACCGUCUCCCAGUACGUCUCCCUCACCCACCCCAACCGGACAUCCUUCUCCGACGACACACUCCAGCCCAUCUACGGCUCGCAGAUCGGGUGUAUGUUCUUGCUCUCUGGCAAAAUCGACUCCGGCGGGAUCCAGAGCACGGUCGCCUCCUUCUCCGUCCAGCCCUUCCCCCUCUCGACCAACCUGGGAGGGGCUCCGGUGUUCCCCCGAGUCGGCGUCGGUGGGUGGUUCCUUGCUGUUGGAGUCGGGCCUGGCGGCAGGGCAGGGUACAAGGUCGGCCCAAUGAUGGCGGGCCGGUUGGGCCGAUUGGGGGUGCUCCACUUCUUCACCCACCACUUGGAGGCUGCUUCUUCUCACCAUCCCCUCCACAAGUCCAGCAGCAAUACCGGAUCUGUGCUGGAAGGUACCGGAGGUGCUAUUGCUGAUGGACUGAGCCGAGGAGCGGGAACUGCAAUGGCUUACAGGGCUGUGGAUGCUAUCGUUGGUCCUCCACAAAAGUCUGCUUCAAAUCCAGCAACACUUUCUGCUGAUACUAAUGCAUGUGGCGGGUACUCCAAGGCUCUGCAAGAUGAUAUAGUUGGGAAGCUCCGUAUACUGAAGCUGAUUGUCUCAGUUUUUGUCUUUUCAUCGAUGCCAGAACUGUUGUUCGGACUUGGUCUUUUGUACUACUUUAGGGUUUUCAAGUGGCAGAUUGGAUCAAUCAAGUAUUCAGUUUUUAUACUGUUCUCUACAGUUGGAUCAUUGCUCUUUGAGGCCCUUGCCCUGACACUUCUAAAAGACCCAACUCUGAACUUGCUUACAUCUGGACCUUAUGGCCUCAAUUUCGCUUCAUUUUUGCCCUUCCUCUUUGACACUCUCGUAGCAACAUGGUUUCGUGUCUUUGACAUCCGCUUCUCCGAUAAGUCGUUCGUAUAUCUUGCUGGUCUGCAGCUUCUGUUAGCAUCUUGGAAAAGAUCCCUCGUACCUGGAAUCUGUGGCAUCCUAGCUGGCUCCUUGUACUGUCUAAAUCUCUUUGGUGUUCCGAAAGCAAAGUUCCCUGAAUUCCUGGCUACAUUUGCCUCCCGAUUUUCCUGGCCAUCUACUGGGAGUCCACGCAGGGCAACAACAUGUAGGGCCAAUGGUACAGCACCAACUGUUCCAUCAUACGCAGCUCGCCAUUUGGAGAGAACAUAUCCUACCACUCCAGCCCCUUCUUAUGCAGAACCAUCAGAGUCCGUCAUCGCGCGACAUUAGUUUCCAUGGGCUUCGAUAGCAACUCGGCAAGACAAGCACUUGUGCAGGCUACGAAUGACGUCAAUGCUGCUACCAACAUACUUCUUGAGGCCCAAGCAUACUGAUUACUCAUGGGUGGGUGAAAAUCGCAACUGUAUAGGCUGGUUUUAACUGGAAAUCACAACUGUAUAGGCUGGUUUCAACUGGCACGGAUCAACAGAAAAUGAGUCGUUACAGUACAAUAGAGACAAGAAGUCCCAUGUCUGAUAGAUCACAAUCUGUUGCAAUUUGGCUUGGGUGGCAUCCUGAAAGGAACCAGGUUUUGCUGCUCGCUGUCCUGAAUGUAGGUAAAUAGUGUUAGCGUGAACAAAAGCACGUUUAGGAGAUUCUUACCAUUGUUUUUAGAGUCUGUUCUUGCUUCUUACAGCUCUGUCCUGCCUUUGGAACAGACAACGGAUGCAUUUUUUGGCUUUCUAGUAUUGUGCCUAUAUUGAACAGCUGAGGGGUCUUCACCUUCAUGACUUCAGUAAUAGUUUCUGAUUUGUUGAAACCAGCAGGAUUGGAGCGAAUUGACAGA